AUGACCUGGAAGUUUGAUCAACGCGUGAUAGGCAAUGUGGUGUGGAGUGAUCCUGCGUUAUUUGUUGGAAACCAGGCUUUAUCUUCUUAUACGUACUCGAGUGCAGAGACCUGCGAUGACUCAACAUCACAGUUUGAUGUCGAUAUGGCGACGUCCACUAAGGCCAACGGGAAAUUAUAUGAAUUGAUCUUGCAGAUGAUGACAUUCGGUGUUAUGCUGCCGGAUCUCUACGAGGACUGGAAAGAUAUAGCAUGUGCUCGCACCGGCGCCAUUAAAGACCGGGGACUUGGUCUCAUGAACGGCAGCGUAUAUAACGCUCUCAUCGUCGUCGUUGCAAGCGCUGCCUGGAAGCUCCCAUCUGUUAGGGCCUUCGUUUUUCGCAGAGCGCCCGAGAAGGAGACUGCGAGGAUUGUUUGCGAUUCUCGUGCCCAAUUCGAGGAGACUUGUGGCGAUAUAGCUGAUGGAUUUAUUUGUACGAGCAGUGAGAUAGAAACGUUAAGAAACAGCGAAUUCUGCGACGGACGGAUGAUAAUCGAAGUUGAACACAAAGCGUUUAUCCAUUGUGGGAGAGUUGCUGACCGGGCGCACUUGUCGAAUAGCACGGUAUUUCAAUCGACCAAAUGA